UUUACUGUGCGACAAGACGCGCCAUCAGAGCCAGGACAGAGCCACCAUUUUUAAACCAACCCUGCUUCCCUUUCCCCUCCUCCCGUAUGAUUCUUUUACGAGUAUUCGUUUAGUAGCAUGGCUCUACGGAAGUUCAAUAGGUGGUCCGAAACCGAGGUAGCCAUCUUCUUGAAAUUAGUGGCUGAGGAAAGGAUACAGCAGGAGCUGGAAGGACACCGAAAUGGAAAAGUCUACAAGGAACUUUCCCAGCGAAUGGCCACACACGGGUAUGACCGCAGUCCUCAGACGUGUCGAGAAAAACUUAAAAAGAUGAAGAGUGACUACAACGCCAUUAAGGAGCACAGUCGCCGCGGCAUUUUGUACAGAAGCGACUGGAAGUGGUUCGGUCAAAUGGAAGCCAUAUACGGCCUGGGACGCAACGGUCGAAACGUGGAAGUGAAGCAGAAACAAGAGUGGUCCGUGGAGGAGACGGGCUGUCUCAUUGCACUGUGGUCGUCACCUGAGGCGCAAAACACUUUUGCGGGCAGGGCCAAGCUGAUGAUUGAGUUCAUUCGGCUGGAGAUGGCUAGUGCUGGGUUUCACCGAACCGUGGAACAGAUCAACAACAAGUUGAAGAAAUUAAAAAUGGAAUACAUGGGCAAGAAGAAGGAGCUCAAUUGCAGUGAUCUGGCUGAAAUACCAUUUUACGAAAUGAUGGCGUCUGUCCUCGGCAACACGCGCUCGUGCUCGUUGGCUCAGCGCCUGAGUCCUGCCGCUGCGAUACCGGAGAGCAUCGCCGAACCUUCCGCAGGCAUCGGUUUGUCAGUCGAGGACAACAAGAGUCCAAAUGAUACUGGCGUAGAACCAGCUCCUUGCAAGCCAUCGUCGUCUUCCUUCCUGACUGGCGGUGCGAAAAAUGUCCUAACAGGUUUGUCCACCAAGGACGAGAUGAUGGUUAUAGCAGAUACUGACAUGGCACCACCACCACCACCACCCCUUCUUUGCAACACUGUGAGAAGUGCAGCAAACGAUACCGGAAGAGGUUUGUCUGCUGAUGUCAAGCGAGUUGACAGCAGCGACGACCUACCACCUCCACCUCCACCUCCUCCACCACCUCUCCAAUGUAACUCACCUUCACCGUCCUGUAGCUCCAAGGAAAGUUCAAGAACCAAAAGAGCAAAAUGCAAGCGACCGAGCGACGGCCUGUUGGAGUAUUUGGAGCGGUCGGACGAAAGGUUCUUCCAGUUUAGUAGAGAGCUGCUGCAUAGGAUGGAAGAGGACACAAAGUCGCUGCUUGGACUCUUAGGACGCAUGGUGACGGUGAUGGAGGCUUCAAAUAAAAAUAAUAAUGAACACCAUCCAAACCUGAGUUGAACUGUGAUCGGAGGUUUAAGAACUUUAUAGCUGCCUUUGUAAAAUGUCACAUUUUACCUGUGAGGUGGGGGGGGGUUUGACCAAAUAUUUUUUCAGACCGGGUGGUGCACCAUUGUAUAUAGUUUUUUAUUUAUAAAACAAAUAAUCCAUAUUCACCCAAUUGUAAAAACAUAAAGCAGAAAUGAAGUUUGUAAUACAUUUUCUGUUGUACUUUACUUUGGGUUCCAUACUGAGCACUGCCAGUUGACUACGUGGACCUUUACAGGGCACACAAAUGAGCAGGGACGCACGCAUAAAGCGAGGUGAAUCUGCGUCCGGAGACGCACAGCAUUGCUUACCCACGUAUGCAGACUCUUUCCAAAAAAUUGGAAUAUCAUGGAAAUGUUUUCCAUAAUUCCAUUCAGAAUGUUACACUUUAAUAGAUUAUAGAUUCAGGGCCCACAAUUGAAACAAUUUCAAGUCAUAUUUUUUUUUUUUUUUUUACACAUAAUUUGGGCUGCCAGCUCAUAAAACCCAUGAAAUCAGAAUACUGUGAAGAAAUCAUUUACUUCAGUUUUUGCAGAAAAAAAAAAAAAAAAAAAAGAGGGUCAGGCAUCAAUCCAAAUAUGGUACUUUCAAAACGAUAUGUUAAUCUUCAAUACUUGGUUGGGAAUCCCUUUGCUUUCAUCACUGCUUCGACGUGCCGUGGCAUUGAGGCAAUCGGCCUCACAUUAUGAAAGUUGAACGUUUUGAAGGGAAUUAUGGAAAGAAACUUUUCCAUGAUAUUAAAAUGUUUUGGAAAGGGUCUGGAGUUAUUCAUACCUUAAAGAACUCCGGCAUAGUGCUGGAAAUCCGCCGUAUUAUCAUUAUUAUUUUUAUUUUGGAAUCUAUAAUCUAUGAAAGUUUCACCUUUUGAAUGGAAUUAUGAAAAUAAACUAAUAUUCUCAAACUGAA